AUGGCUCCCGAAAACGAAAUCGCCACCGUAGAGGUGCGCGACGAGAAAGAUGAGACUUCUCAGCUUCCUCCGCAGACUCUUGCCUUGGAUGCGGGCAAGAAUGUCCAUGAUUCGCCUUUUCCCGUCGAUACCUCGGCUGGUCGGAGGAACCCCGUCGGUUCACGCUUGGGCUCGCUGCUGAGAGCCUUUGAGCAGCAGCUUGUCGAGUAUAAUCUUGAGGCUCGUGGUAUUGAGCGUGUUGCGCCGGAGGAGCGCAUGAAGAAGCUGACGUGGAUGUCGUAUCUGCAAGCUUUCUUGCUGUGGGUCUCUAUCAAUUUGGCCGCCAACAAUAUUACGCUGGGAAUGCUAGGACCUGCGGUAUAUGGCCUAAGCUUCACGGAUUCGGCGCUGUGUGCUGUGUUUGGUUCAUUUACCGGGUCUUUGGUGGCCUCGUGGAUGGCGACGUGGGGUCCUAUCUCUGGCAUUCGCACUAUGGCAUUUGGCCGAUACUCAAUGGGCUGGUGGCCUAGUAAGAUCAUUGUACUUUUGAACUUGAUUCAGAUGAUUGGAUACUGCUUGAUCGACUGUGUCGUCGGAGGGCAGAUUCUAUCUGCUGUUUCGCCGGGUGGCAUGUCCGUUGCUGUCGGUAUUGUCAUCAUCGCGAUUAUCAGCUGGGUCGUGGCGACUUUUGGAAUUCAAGUCUUCCACUACUAUGAACGAUUUGCUUUCCUCCCACAGCUCAUCGUUUUCUGCAUCCUUUUCGGCGUCUCGUCAACCAAAUUCGACUUGUCAACCGUCACAGUCGGUGACCCUGGAACCAUAGCCGCGAACAGACUCUCCUUCUUCUCCAUCUGCCUAAGCGCCGGAAUAACCUACGCCCCCCUGGCAGCCGACUUCUUCGUCUACUACCCAGAACACACAUCCAGCCUCACAAUCUUCGCCCUAACCCUAACAGGCCUCACAUUCUCCUUCUCCUUCGCCCUAAUCUCCGGAAUCGGCCUUGGGUCCGGCAUAACUGCUCACGCCGAAUACGCCGCCGCCUACGCGCAAGGCCAAGGCGCCCUGAUAGUCGAAGGCUUCGGCCCCCUACACGGCUUCGGCAAAUUCUGCUCCGUGAUCGUGGCCCUCGGCCUCAUCGCAAACACCGUCGCGCCAACCUACUCCGCCGGCGUCGAUUUCCAGAUCCUCGGCCGCUACGCCGAGCGCGUACCCCGCGUCAUCUGGAACACCGUCGGCGUCAUCAUUUACACUGUCUGCGCACUUGCCGGCCGCAGCAAUCUGUCUGAGAUCUUUACCAAUUUCCUCUCCCUGAUGGGCUACUGGGUUGCGAUCUGGUUUGCGGUCCUGCUGGAGGAGUUCGCGAUUUUCCGACGCAAGAGUGGGUAUCAUUGGGCUGCGUGGCGGGAUCCGAAGAAGCUGCCCAUUGGGCUGGCGGCUUUUACGGCUUUCGUUGUGGGUUGGGUUGGGGCUGUGUUGUGUAUGGCGGAGGUUUGGUAUGUUGGGCCGAUUGCGAAGCUGGUUGGGGAUGCUGGUGCUGAUAUGGGCAACUAUGUCGGCUUUACCUGGGCUUUGCUCGUUUAUCCACCUUUGCGAUACCUGGAGCUGCGCUUCGUGGGUCGUUGA